AUGGCAAACCGAGAAUUCGAGAUCAUGCCAUGGGAGUGCCGUGAUGUGGAGGAUCAGGCCGAAGCCUACUACAACCAGCCUCUCAGGUCAUCGAAUCAGGCUCUUGCUGAGGAGAAUGCGAAGCUGAAAAAGCUGCUCCGAGAAAACGGCAUCUCUUGGUCACCUGUAUCCGCCAACUACCAGAACCUCCAAGCAGGUGCCAGGCGGAAACAAGACCCCUCUUCAAGAACUCGCUCCUUUCCUUACCUUCCAACAGAGGUCCUCCUGCGCAUUCUCAAGUACUCGAUGACCUCGAAGGACACGAUUAUCGACCCCUUGACGAAACUCACGCCGGACAACCUCACAGCACAGGAGAAAAGCCGCGGUAAUCAAAUCGCCAUCCACUUCUUGGCGACAUGCAAGGCGAUGCACGACGAAGGCAGCCGUAUGUUCUGGAGCCACAACACUUUCACUUUCACAAAUGAACAUGCCGUCAGAAACUUUGCCGAGCUGGACUUUGGAUUCCGAAAGGACAUCAAGCAUGUCAACUUCCGCAUCGUCGCCCAGUUUUACGACGACAAGAAGCGAAAGCACAAGCUUGAGCGAUCCUACCACCCGUCUCUGAAGAGCGACAUCACACUGCGGACGAUUCCUCGCGUCAGUGAGCGAACCUAUGCCCGUGGCGGCUUCCGCUGCUACACGUGGGCUCAAGUGACGGAUUUCCUGCGUGCCCUCCGUCCUCCAUUCGAUCCCAAGCAUGACAAAAGGCUAGUCCGUCCCAAGCUGCUUCCUGGCCUUGAGUCGCUUAGGAUUGACUUGGUGAACUUUAUCGACGACUUUCUCCCUAUGCCUAGCAGCGACCUGCACGACGUGGCAUCACACGAGCUCGGUUGUUCUCUGAAUGAGUUGCAGGUCACCGGUCUUCCCAUUGACGAUGCUGGCAGCAAGGCCACCGCAGAGCUUACUGGGCUUCUGCGCGACGAGGGCCUCUUUCUUGCUGGCUUGCCCUCGUUUGUUCAAGUCAAAAACUCCCUGAAGCCUCUGCCGGGCAUCUCGAGUUGCGCGCGUGUUGUUCGGGCCUGGAAGACAAUAAAGGCAAAGCGGGAAGACGACGGUGAUUCCGACUCUGACCCUGGAAAUGAAACUGAUGAAGGCCACUAUCAUCCUAAGGAGCCCAUCAUGCCUCCUGCGCCCCGUGAGACAGGCCAUCCCAAGUCCGCGCCUAGCCGUCGGGACUUGACGAUCUGGAAGAGGGUGCCCAAGAGCCGCGACGGGGAUGGUGAUGACCGCCAGUGGACCGAGUUCUGCCGCAGCAGUGGCUACCCCAUGGAGGACAUUGAGGAUAUGAUGGGCGACGAUGACGAGCUUGGCAUCUGCCCGUGUUGUGGCGAACCGCACCCUAGUCUCUUGGACCUCCUCGAGACGGACAACGAGGAGGAUAUUCAAGAGGACUAA